AUGCCCCUCAUUGCACACAGCCUCUGCCACCUCCGCCACAACUUCCCCUGCAGCGCACACAUCAGGUCCAGCAACCCUGAUCCACUCACCUUCUGGCACACCGGAUCACAAGUUGUGUUGUGGAACUGGCAGACCUACGGGACACCGGUGCAGGUGGAUAAGGCAAUGUUCAUUAAGACGCAAAGCCAUGUUUAUGGGACGAACGGCUGGGUUGCGAAGCUGGUGAAGCCGCAGGGGGAGGGCGGCAAGGAGGGAUGUGGUGGAGGAGGAGGAGGUGGUGGGGGCAUAGAGAGGGGGUGCGAAGAAGGAGGGGGAGGAAGCAGGAGGAGGGGGAGGGCGCAAGAAGGGGUGUUGAGAAGGGCGCAAGAAGGAUGA